AUGGCGUCAGAAGCUAGCGCUUCUUCCCCAGACAUUCCAGUGGUGACAACCGGUGCCCCUGCACCUGCGGUCCCUGUGGACACUUGGUCGGCAGUCUUGGAAUCAUUUGUUGCCAGGGUGGAAGCGGAUGGAAGUGCUAUUCCUGAUGACUACUGUACAUACUAUCUUUGUACUCAAGUAAAUGGUUUCUACGUCACCAAUAUUAAAAUAGGCAUCUGUGAAUAUAACAGCAGUGCAGACUGUGGGCCUGGUCAGGAGUUUGUGAAAAAUAAAGGCGAGUGUUGUGGAAGAUGCAAACAAACUCAGUGUGUGGUUAUUUCUGCAAAUGGAGCUGUCAUUCUCCUGAUGGAAGAACAGACAAUUCCCUCACCUGAUGACAAAUGUAUAUCCUACACCUGCAUGAUCUCAAUGGGGAAUCUCAAUGCUGUAAAAGAAAAGGAAAGAUGUGAGCAUCAAUCUCAGUCAGACUGUGGAAUUGGUUACCAGUAUCAAAUACCCUCUGAUCAGUGCUGUGGAAAAUGUGUGCCAACAUCUUGUGUAUACAAAACUCCAGAUGGAAACACCAUACUCCUAGAUGAAAGUGAAAAUUGGAAAUCUGAUGACAGUUGCACCACUGUUACUUGUCAAAAAAUAGAUGGACAAUUUUUUUCAUCUUCAGCGACAGAGACGUGCACUUACACCAGUGCAAAUGACUGUGGACUUGGUUAUAUAUACCAGACUGUUCCCAAUCAGUGCUGUGGAAACUGUGUCCAGGGGUCAUGCGUGUUCACUACAGCUAAUGGAGUACUUACAACCCUAGAGGAUGGACAAACCUUACCUGAACCUAGCGACAUUUGUAUAGUUUAUAACUGUAAGAAGACAAAUGAACAAUUUUCAACUUUGGUACUAAAUAAGAAAUGUGAGCAUGAGAGUGCUCAGGACUGCCAAGCUGGAGAAGAAUAUCAGAAGGUUCCUGAUCAGUGCUGUGGCCAGUGUGUCCAGACACAAUGCCUGAUUAUAGAUGCUGAUGGAACAAGCAAAACUUUGACUGUAGGGGAAACCUGGACUUCAACAAGUAAUGCCUGUAUAUCCUAUGGCUGUACCAAGUCAAAUAGACAGAUUUAUUCUACACUUAUGAACAAGACAUGUGAAUCUUUGACGCCACAGGAAUGUGAAAGUGUAAGUCAUGUGGAAUUAUUUAUGUUGUGAUCAUUAGCAAUUUGAAUAUAAGGUAUUGCACAGAAU